UUAUUUAUAUCAGCUGCCUGUUUUCUUUAUCGAAUUAGCAAACAGUUUAUUGUCUCCUCAGGGUUGAGCCCUUCCUCCAUUACCCUCUGAGCAUUAGUCGUAUCAGUUUAAUAAAAAUUCAAUAGACAGGAAUACACCAAAGUUGAAGGUUGCAUCCCGAUAGUGACGGCAGCCGGUAAGCAAUCGCUUACUCCGAGACAGGUUGGGGUUGCAGGAUUUGAUCCGAACAGCAAAUGUCAAACUGAAAAAAAAUAUAUAUAUAGACAUAUACAUAGACAAUAUAUCGUCUCUUGGCAGAGCUUUUUCUGCAACUAGUUCGAUUCGCAUUCCUGAACGCUGUGGGACAGCCCGUACCCUUGUUCCUGGCCAUGGCACCUGUGAUCUUCCUGUUAUUUCUCCUACUCUCAGGUUUUCAAUGGCACCAGCAGUUGGGAUUUUAAAUCGUCUUCUUAGAAGCUCGGAAGUAUGUCUUUAGACAUGAAGCCAAAAAAAUCUGCACUGCAUCAACUUACCAAAAGCCUCCUUCGGAAUUACAGAAAGGGAGUCCGUCCCGUCCAGAACUGGACUCAGUCAACCAUGGUUUACAUUGACUUCAUUACUCAGUCCAUCCUGGAAGUGGAUGGAAAGAACCAGAAAAUGACCUUAAGUGUUUGGUAUCGACAGAUUUGGAAUGAUGAAUUUUUAGUGUGGGACCCCGCAGAAUUUGACGGAAUCAAUGAAAUCUCCUUGUCUUUCGACGUCAUUUGGGUUCCUGACAUCAUCAUCAGUGAAUUUGUGGAUGUAGGGAGCUCUCCUGAUAUGCCUUAUGUCUAUGUGAACUCCUCCGGUAUGAUUAAGAACUACAGACCUAUCCAAGUGGUGUCAGCCUGCAGCCUGGAAAUCUAUGCCUUCCCUUUCGACAGACAGAACUGUCCCCUGACCUUCAGAAGCUGGCUCCAUACAGUGAAUGAAGUGAACCUGACCCUAUGGAGGAGCUUGGAGGAUGUGGCGAACGACAAGAGCACCUUCAUGAAUGAAGGAGAGUGGGAGCUCAUCUCGGUGCCCUCCAGAUAUGAACAGCUGCACUUAGACUCCAGGGACUAUGCUCAGAUUCAGUUUAACGUGGUUGUUCGCAGACGUCCCUUGCUCUAUGUUGUCAGUUUACUGAUCCCCAGUUUAUUCCUUAUGAUUGUGGAUGUCAUGAGUUUCUACCUGCCUGCAAAUAGUGGCACCAGAAUCACCUUUAAGACCAGUAUCCUUUUGGGGUACACAUUAUUCAGAGUCAACAUAUCCAAUGAACUGCCAGCAACUGCUAUUAAAACACCUUUAAUAGGUGUGUUCUUUGCAGUCUGCAUGGCACUGCUGGUACUCAGCCUGGCGAAAUCCAUCCUCAUUGUGAAGCUGCUGUAUCACAGCGAGAAACCUGUAAAGGACAUGUCCGUCUCGGCCUGCCUCCUGGACAAAUACGGAUCUUACAGCCAAAGCAUCAAGGAUGGUGGAGGGCAAAGCAGAGGAUACCAGUUUGAAGUUUCGCCAAAGGUGGAGAUGACCCCCUCCAGUGGAGAACUGAGCAAGAACAUCCUUCUAGAGAAGAUCCUUCGGGAGAUCGUUGCUCUCAAGCAUUACCUUGAGCAGAUAGACGACGCUGGCAGCAUGACUGUGGAGUGGCUGGCUCUGUGUUACAAACUGGACAAGUUCCUGUUCCGCCUGUACCUGUUCAUCCUCGCCAUCUACAUCAGUGUUCUGUGUUCUCUCUGGGUCAUAUGGAGCUCCCCCUAGAGCUUGCAUACUAGACUCAAGACUUUUUUCAUUAGAACCCAUUAUAUCGUGUGUCAGAACACCGUUAAGCCGAGGGAACACAAAGCCACUUUUUCAGGAACAGUGGCUUGAAACCUGGGGACCUAGUUUGAGGCAACUUUGCUGUAUCAAACCCCAAGUCUCCCCUGGUGUGCCGUGUAGUCACAAAGUGACUCUGUGUUCCCUCAGCUUUAGGCUACUCACAGGUACUGAACCAAAUAUUUGUGGUUUGUUUCAAUGUUACGUGGUAUGAUUGGGUUAGUAUAAAAUUUAACUGCUUUACUACAUUUUUUUUUUGGAACACAUAUAUUCACUGUUUACACUGAAGAGGAGUUAAAUAGUUAUAACAAAACUAGUAAAAUGAGGUAGAACUGCAAGAGCAUGCACUGUAGAAAACGCUUUCCUUCAAUGACUUUAAGCUCAUUGUGAGCCAAAGAAACCCCAACACUGUACAGCCCACUAUUGUUAAAAAUCAUGUUUGCUGGCAUGUAAUUAACACACUGUUUAGGAGAUUUGCAUACUGCAGUCCUGUAUUUUUUAAUGGAACCAACUAAUCACUGCUCACUGAGAGUAUUCAGAUGAAGCAUUUCUUUGCUACAGAGAACCCAACACCCCCAUAAUGACUACAAUGGCAAUGCAAUGGUUCUAGAGUAUGGAAGUGAUGGUAGAACACUGAUUGCAUCAGAACUACAAUGGUAUAGUAACAUGGUAUCACAGUAGUCGGCUUGUGCAGUACCAUGGUUCCAGAUCAUUACCAUUGCUUUACUGUAUAAGGACCACCAUGUCAUGGUUAUUCCAAAUCCUUUGUGUUGCCCCUGCUGGUAUUUAAUGCUGUGAUCUGCUAAUGAUACUGCUACAGUUUCUUCAGGGUGAUAGACUAGGAUUCUGAUGGUAUCCCAAGGAGAACUUUCCUGCAAUACAGGCUUCAAGUCUGCAGGUAUCUAGAAUAAGUUGCAUACACAGAACGCUGUAUACAAUACAGAUGUUAAACAAUCAAACUAGUGUUGUCUGUUUAUUAACUUACAUUUUUCUUCAUGCCUACAGAAAUAAGGGUCUUCCCAUUUACAGUACAUUGUUCCCAUUUUAACUGCUUAAUUAAUGUAAUAAGAAGAGUAUUAUAGGCACUGUUGCAUCCCGCUAUCAAGAUCAAUUCAAAUGUCUUUUCCUAAAUCCUAAUGAGACUAACUAAUCUAAUUUAUUCCAAUCGGCUGAAUGCACUUCCGUUCAUCUGUUCCCUGGACAAAUUACUUUGAGUGGCAGUGAUGGGACAGAGGACAGUGGAUCUACAUGUUAACAAAUGCUUUAUACUGAAGACAACAGUUUUAGGAGUAACUCUAUCCCUCUAUUGAUGCCUUCUGGUAUACGACAGAAAUCCUUAAAAUGCUGAUCUGUCUGUCUGUCUGUCUGUCUGUCUGUCUGGGGCCUCAUGAUCAACACGAUAACUAUUUGGAUUUUAUAUUUGGAAUACCAGUUGGGUAUAAUUCGAUGAACUGUAGACACAUCUUACAAAUAUGUUUGCGAU